AUGACCGAACACCAGACCACAAACGCUCCCGACGUAACCCAGGGCGGUGCUCAGGGUCUCGGACACGUCGCUACCGGACCUCCCUCAGACACAAUCUACGGCUUCCACUCCCUCGAACAACAAAAGGGUGCUGCGGAAGAUAAGUACAAGACACGCGCUAAUGCAUCGUCGGGUGCGGAACCCCUAGAGGGCGAGAAGGAGGAUACGAGCUUUAUGAAUCGGAAGCCGGCCGGUGGGGAGACGUUGCCUGGGUGGAAUAAGGUGAAGGAGAUGGUUAGUGGGUCCUCUUAA